GUGUUUAUGAGUGUUGUCAUACUUUAGCAAAUACAUAGGAUACUAUCACGCCUAGCCUUGUUUCCCGCGGCCUCGUUUAGGUGAUGCACCAUCACAUGUGCAAUAGAGCUAAUAGAAUGUCAUUCGACUGAGUUAGUUCAGAAAUAGCUUUAUAUAAAGUUAGCUGUGACAUUCUAAAUAAAUGGGAUGCUCAUGUUAUUAUUUACAAACACUCCCAGAGUGAAAACAGUACCGAUAAUUCCUCACUGUAGUCUUUAUUAGCGAUGGGACACAGAUGAGUUGAUUUAACUCUAGUGACAUGGAUAUGAUAUUGUAAUUCCAGGAUAUAUUGAUGUCAGGUUAAACGAUGCUGCUUGGUAUGAGGUUCAGCAUCCUUCGUGGGUGUGUGAGACACUGUUGGUGUUCAUCACCUCAAACCCGGAGAGGACAAUGGAAAAGGAACUACAGUUUCCUUAAAGAUGAUGUUAAGUCACCUCGAGCCGUGGUCAACCCGGACAUCUCAAAAAUCCGUAACAUUGGCAUCAUGGCCCACAUAGACGCGGGGAAGACCACCACCACUGAGCGGAUGCUCUAUUAUUCUGGGUACACACGUGCCCUUGGAGACGUGGAUGAUGGAGACACUGUGACUGAUUAUAUGGCCCAGGAGAGAGAGCGUGGAAUUACGAUCCAAUCAGCUGCAGUCACAUUUGACUGGAAAGAGCACAGGAUUAACCUCAUUGACACGCCAGGCCAUGUGGAUUUUACUCUGGAAGUGGAGAGAGCUCUGCGUGUGCUGGACGGAGCCGUAGCUGUGUUUGAUGCCUCAGCAGGAGUGGAGGCGCAAACCAUGACAGUGUGGCGACAGGCAGAGAAACACAAAAUACCCUGCGUGUGCUUCCUAAACAAGAUGGAUAAACCUGGAGCCAGCAUGAGUUACUCUGUAGAAAGCAUCAAGACGAAACUGAAGGCCAACCCCAUAAUCCUUCAAAUUCCCAUCGGCUCUGGAAAGGGAUUUGUCGGAUUGGUGGACUUGAUCACCAAGCAGCGAAUGACAUGGUGGGGAAAGUCAUGGGCCGAGGAUGGGCGGGCUUUUGAGACGAGAGCCCUCCAGUCCACAGAUGACCCAGAAUUCCUGGAAGAAGCCAAUCAAGCCAGAGCAACCCUCAUUGAACAGGUUGCGGAUUUGGAUGACGAAUUUACGGAGCUGCUUCUUAGAGAAUACAGUGACAACUUUGACUUGGUGCCUGCUGGGAAAUUGCAGGAGGCGGUGAGGAGAGUGACGCUGUCUCGUAAAGGAGUGCCAGUACUGUGCGGAAGUUCACUGAAGAAUAAAGGUGUUCAGCCUCUACUAGAUGCCAUCACAGCAUACCUCCCUGCCCCUGAUGAAAGGAACCAUGACCUGGUGCGCUGGUAUAAGGAUGACUUGUGUGCCCUGGCAUUUAAAGUGGUCCAUGACAAGCAGAGAGGUCCUAUGGUUUUCCUGAGGAUCUACUCUGGCUCUAUGAAACCGCAGUCAGCGGUGUACAACAUCAACCGAAAUGGAACCGAGAGAAUGAGUCGUCUACUGCUGCCAUUUGCAGAUCAACACGUUGAAAUCCCCUCACUGUCUGCAGGGAACAUCGCCCUCACUGUGGGCCUCAGACAGACGGUGACAGGUGACACCAUUGUCUCGUCCAAAGCCUCAGCAGCAGCCGCAGCACGCCGGGCACUCAACAAGGCAGAGGAGAAGACAGCGUCUAGCCGAGAGAUGAACAGUCUUGUACUGGCUGGGGUUGAGGUGCCCGAGCCCGUCUUCUUCUGCUCUAUAGAACCUCCUUCCAUGGCCAAACAAGCAGAUCUUGAGCAUGCUCUGAAAUGCCUCCAGAGGGAAGACCCCAGUCUGAAAGUCAGGACAGACCCCGACUCUGGACAGACAGUUCUGUGUGGUAUGGGAGAGCUUCACAUCGAGAUUCUGCAUGAUCGUAUUAGGAGAGAGUACAACCUUGAAACACACUUGGGGCCCCUACAGGUUGCCUACAGAGAGACCAUAAUCCAGUCAGUAACCACAGCAGACACUCUGGAUCGCACACUGGGUGAAAAGAGGCAUGUUGUUACUGUAGAGCUGACGGUGAGUCCAUGGGAAGCAUCUGCUCCAGGCAUGUCGUCUUGUCACAUGACUUAUGAGGAGGAAAUAGAAGGCCAAAUUUCUGCUGACAUUAAAGAGGCAGUGGAAAGUGGAGUUCAGAGUGCUUAUCUCCAGGGUCCUGUGCUGGGUUACCCUGUGCAAGGGGUUCUCACUGUGAUCCACAGUGUGGGUGUGGAACCUGGCACCUCUCUGGCCAUGGUGUCGGCCUGUGUGUCUCGCUGCAUGCUUAAGGGGCUGAAACAGGCAGGGGGGCAAGUCUUAGAGCCUGUGAUGUCAUUGGAGGUGACUGUGGAUGAGGAGUAUCUGAGCUCUGUGCUUGGUGACCUAGCUCAGCGCCGAGGAACAGUCCGCGACAUCCAGAGCCGCCAUGACAGCAAGGUACUUUUGGCCACUGUACCGCUCGCCGAGAUGAUGGGAUAUUCCACUGCGCUGCGCACUUUGACCUCAGGAAAUGCCACCUUCUCACUUGAGCUGGCCCGCUAUGAACCCAUGAACCCUCAAGACCAGAAUGCAUUGCUCAACAAGAUGGCCGGCCUGGCAUGAUAUCCCUUUCCUUUUCUUGCACAUUUAUAAAUGCGUUUUCCUUAAUG